ACUGAACAAAAAGUCAAGUAUAAUCAACGACAUUAUUACAGAGAUAUAAGUUCUAAGUAAGUUCUAAGCAUGGCAUCUAAGCAACAAAGCCGACAAGAGCUUGAUGAAAGGGCAAAACAGGGAGAAACUGUAGUACCUGGUGGAACUGGUGGCAAGACCCUUGAGGCUCAGGAGCAUCUUGCUGAAGGAAGGAGUAAGGGAGGGCAAACAAGGAGGGAGCAGUUGGGAACAGAAGGGUACCAAGAGAUGGGUCGCAAGGGUGGAUUCAGCACUAUGGAGAAAUCUGGAGGAGAGCGUGUUAAAGAGGAAGGCGUUGAGAUUGAUGAGUCCAAGUUUGCCACCAAGAACCAAAACAAGUAGUACCAUCAUCUAUUGUAAUCCUAAUCAUGUAUGCUAGCUUCUAAUGUUAUUGUGUGCUUAAUUUAUUAGUACUAGGUAGUGAUUAGUUCAGGGUUAAUAUAUAUAACAAGGUAUUUAGGAGUUACCAGAGUGUCUAGAGUUACAAGUGUCUAGGGUUUUCUAAUAAUAACUAGCUAGCUAGCAUAUGUUGAGAGGUUAUGUUUACUAUUACUAGUGUUUUCGUCGUAAGGCUUUGAUGGUUGGAGUAUAUGGUUUGUAUGUAAUGAUGUGUUUGAUGAUGUAAUGACAAAUUUAAUAUUUUUCUUAA